AUGACUAUGUUUAAAAAAUGGGUAAGACGCGGAAAUAAGGACAACGAUGAAAAAGAACCAGAAUAUGUAUCCAUUUUUAGUUUUAUAACCUUUCAUUGGGUGACAAAAUUGCUAAAUAAUCUUAUAAAAGAUGAAAUUAAGUUUCCUACAUUACGAAAAAAUGAUAGUGUGACACAUUAUGCAUCUGAAUUGGAACAAAAUUUAAGAAAAAUUUAUGUAAGAAAAUGUAGUUCUAAACAUUUUUAUGAAAAAAGUAGUUUUGUGGUAGGACAUUGUCAUAACUCAAAAGACAUAAAGGCAAAGAAGGAAUAUAAUGUAUAUUAUAACAAUCUUGUGUGGACAAUUUUUAAAACGUUUAAAGUUCGCAUAAUUUCAAUAAUUAUCUUUAACGUUUUACAAACCUUAUUUAUAAUUGCUGUUGGAGGAUCUAUAGACAAAUAUAUGCUCAUUUUAAAAGGUGAAACUAUUCCAUCUUUCCCCGCUUUUUUGAAUAAUUCGAAAGUAAUAUUUGGAUUGUACAUCGUUGGUUUAUUACUUUUUGAAUUUCUUUUUGAUUCUAUUUUGAAUUUUUAUUAUUAUGAAUUUCUAGUAAAUAUGGAAAUAUCACUAAUACAUUUCCUUUACAAAAUUAACCUGUAUAGUCGUAAUAACGAUUUAACGAAUCAUUCUGUGUAUAGAAAUAGAGAAGAAUCUUUGAAUACGCCAUUAGGUGUAAUGGAAAGAAAAAGCUGUAACAGUGUUAAAAAAAAUCCUUCUUGUAUGACUAAAAUUUGUACAAAAAAUGAUAGUGAUAAUCUAUUUAAAAAAAAAUUUUAUUUAAUAAAUUUUUUUAAAAAGAAUAGGACGAAAAAAGAAGAAGAUAUGGGGGAAGAGGACACAUCUAGCAUAAACAUUUAUAAUAUUAUGUUUUCUGAUACUCCUUCUUUAGUACUUUUUGUUGGUGCUGUCAUUAGUCUGUCUAAUAUAUUUGUCAAAUUUUAUUUAUCUUUUUAUGUAUUUUACUUGAGGAUGGGUUCUAAUGCUGUAAAAACUGGAGCAUCACUGUCUGUUGUAUUGUACAGCACAAUGAUUUUAUUUUCAUUUUUACCAAGUCUUUUUAAAAGUAAGUAUUUAAAAUAUAGGGAUCAAAGAAUAGAUAAUACACAUCAUGUGUUGAAAGAAUUUAAAUUAAUGAAAAUGUUUAAUUGGGAAUCAUUUGCUUUUAAUUAUAUAAAUUUUGUUCGAAAAAAGGAAAUGCUGUUUUGCAAAGUGCGACUUUACUUGGCCACUGUAGGCAUUUUUAUAAGUGCCGUCUCAGCUGACAUAGUUGAAGUGUUGUUAUUUUUUUUGUUUAUAAGGGAGAAAUUGGACAAUCAAAAGGAAGUUAAUUUUAGUUCAAUUAUUAUGCCGUUAUUUGUCUAUAAAUCUUUAAUUUCAAGUGCAUCUAACUUUCCUAAUUUAAUGAAUAACAUAAUAGAAGGCACAGUGAAUAUUGCGCGUAUAAAUAAGUAUGUUAAUCACCAUUUAUAUUACAACGACAUUAACAAUUAUUUUAGGUACGUUUCAAAAAUGAACAACUAUUUUAACGCAUCAGAUGAUGGAGAAUGUUUCGAAAAAGAAGGAGAACAUUGUUCUAGGUACAGAAAACAUUUCAUCCAGUUAAAAAACAGGUUGAUAAAAUGUUGUAGGUUUUCCCGUUUUUAUAGAAAAGGGAAACACAUAAACAUUAUAAAUCGAAACAUACUAUCUGGUGUAAAUUACAGUACAGAUAAUGAUGUAGAGAAAGUGUGUUUCCAGACAAGAGUUGACUGCUCCAAUGGCGGCAGUAGUAGUAGCAUACACGAGAAAAAUAAUAACAAGGAUGAUAAUGUAACAGAGGAGCGAAGCAAUUUGAUAAUAAAAUUAGAAAAUGCUUUUUUUGGCACAAAAAGGCACGAUCGGAGGUAUGAGAAGUACAUUUUGAAGAACAUAAAUUUUAGCUUAGAAAAUAAUACCUUAGCAAUAGUUAUUGGAAAUGUUGGAUCAGGCAAAACUGCUUUUUUCGAAUCUAUUUUAGGAGACAUUCAGUUGAUCCACGGUUUUUUAUAUGUUAAAAAUGUGUUGUAUAAUAUGCCAAUUUUGUACGUUCCCCAGAACAGUUGGUUGUCCAUAGGAAAUAUAAGGUCCAUGAUUUUAUUUGGAAAUGAAUACAAUUCAGGGAUUUACCGCUACACUGUUGAGCAGAGUGAGUUGCUAAAUGAUAUAAGUUCCUUUAAAAAUGGUGAUAUGCGGUACGUUAACGAUGAUCAUAAUUUAAGUAAAGGGCAGAAGGUUAGAAUUUCCUUGGCGAGAGCUCUAUAUCAUCACUACAUGCAUUUGCAUAAAUUGAGCUCUAACGGUGAGAAAAAAAUGCGUGUAGAUGACAGUUUUGCCAACAAAAAUAGUCGAACUGAUUUUUCAAAUGGUAAGGAAGACAAAAUAAGUGCAUUUUGCCAGGGUGUUGUUCCCUUCGAUGGGGACCAUGUUCAAAAAUGCCUAAGGGGGAAGAGCGAUUUUUCCUUGUAUUUAUUGGACGAUAUUUUCACAUCUCUAGACCCAGCGAUAUCUAAAAAUAUAUUUUAUAAUUUAUUUUGCAAAGAGGAAAAUAAGAGCUUCAAAGACUAUUGCAGUUUUGUUGUGUCUAUGAAUGAAAACACUUUUCACAAUUUUUUUAUUAAUGACCUUUUUGAGAAUAUCCAGUACAAAGUGGAUAUUUACCAGUUAGAGAAUUACACCCUAAAAUAUGCGGGAAGUGUAUCAGAUUAUGUAAAAAGCAAAAAUAUAAAAAAAGACGGCGCUGUAAGUAGAACAGAGUCAAGCAUGGGCGGCACAAAAUUCGAGUUGGGGGGUGAAGAAGGUGAAGAACCCGAGAAAUGUGGAAGCCAAAUAAAAGGGGCAAACGAGGGGGGCUCCUCCAAAAGAAAUAACACCCGUUCGGCGGGAUCUGACGAAGGGCGUACCGCAGGGCGUAAACCCUUUUUGGAAAAUGACUAUAUCAUUAACGCGGGUAAAAACAUAAAUGGCUGCGCUGACCAGAUGGCACAAGAACGAACUUGCGCAACAGGACUAGACAACCAAAGGCACGCAAUUUUGUCGCAAACUUUGCAGCAUAGAAGCAGCUGCGCAAAUGUUUCUCCUGCUAAGGAUGAUGAAGAUGAAUCGUUUUUCAAAGGAAACAUAGAAUUAACCACAUAUAGGUGGUUUCUGAGCAAAGUUGGAGGCGUUUUAAUACUGUACAUAAUGAUUUUCAUGUUUAUAUCUAUCUUUACAGAUGAAAUAAAAUUUUUCAUUUUAAGCAUGAUUAGUAUAAUUUCACGAAAUGAUAAAGAGCAUUCGAAUGAAAUUCUGCAACAUCAAAUUAAGUAUUUAAAAUUAUUUGUGAUAUUGCCAAUAAUAUCGUUAAUAGCAUCUUUUUUUUGUUUCAUGUUUAUCAUAUAUGGCACGGUAAUUUCAGCAGUGAAGGUGCACACAGAUGUGCUGAAGAGCAUUUUGAGCGUGCCCAUGUAUGUCUACUACAACAACAAUUUGGGUAACAUAAUAAAUAGGUUUGUUACAGACAUUUACUCGUUAGACAAUGGAUUUUUAAAGAGAUUUUAUAAAUUCAUUUUCCUCUUUUUUCGACUUCUUAUGUCAAUCAUUUUGUUAUUCUGUAUGGUGAAAGAUGCCGUUAUUGUUUUUCCUUUCAUUGUUUUUUUAAUAUAUUCUUUGGUUUUUAAAAAAUUUUCCAGAGGGUGUAAAGAGGCUCAAAGGGGGUACCUAAGGUGUCACUCCCCAUUAUGCAACAUAUAUAGCAACACCAUAUCGGGAAAAAGCGUAAUUAACGUAUACGAAAAGAAUUGGUACCAUUUAGGUAUAUACGAGCGUUACGUAGAGACCUUCAGAAAUUAUUGCCUUCUAAAGUGGGCAAUAACUAUAUGGGCAUCUUUCUACAUCAGGCUUAUCUUUUUAAUAUUAACUAGCUAUUUCAUUAUGCAUCCUCAUAUCUUUUUCAACAAAAUGGGAAACCUGUACCAAGGGGGAAAUUACGAAAAAAUUAUAGGCACAAUUGGGUAUUGUAUUACUUUUUCCUCAAGACUUGGGGUGCUCACAAAAAUUCUUCUGUGUGAUUAUACCUAUGUGGAGAAAGAGAUGUGCUGUGUGCAGAGGCUAGAGGAGUUCUCAAAAUUACCGCAUGAAAAAUACUGCUUAGAGGAAGAAAGGGGAGAGGUUACUCCCAAAUGUGACGAAAUGGAGAUGAAAGGUAAAUUUGACAAUUCGGGAGAAAGUACGUCCCCUUUGCCUACCGGUAUUGUAGACCCACCAGCCAUAGACCAAUCGAAGGAAAAAUACGGUGUUUAUCUCGAGAACGUAUUCGUCAGUUAUAAGAAAAAAGUUGUUCUAGAUAAAAAUAGCAAUAAAUAUUGUUAUACAGAUGAAGAUCCAUCCUUAAAAAAUGUCACUAUUUACGCUUUGAAAAAUCAAAAAAUCGGCAUCGUAGGCAAGUCAGGUUCAGGGAAGAGCACAAUUAUUUUGUCCAUCUUAGGGCUCAUUCCUACUGUUAGUGGAAAAAUAACAGUAGAAGGAAGAGACAUUGGGACUCUCCCAAGGAGGGAGAAAAAUGACAUUAUCACCGUUUUGCCGCAGUCCUCUUUCGUUUUUCACAACUGGAACGUCAGAACGUUUAUCGACCCGUAUAGAAAUUUCACAGAUGAAGAAAUCGUUAACGCUUUCGAUUUGAUUGGCAUAAAAUUGAACAUGAAUGAUUUGCACAAGUAUAUACACCAACAAAGGGAAAAUGCACAUGAUGAGAGGGAGAAAAAAAAAAAAGGGAAAAGAAAGGCUAACCUUUCGAGCAACACUAUUUCUCUGACGGAUGACUGCAUACGGUACUUGUCUAUAGUUCGUCUUUUCUUAAAUAGGAACAAAUAUAAGUUGAUACUAAUUGAUGAAAUUCCCAUUUUUAAUUUUAAUAGUGUGGACUCGAAUUUGAAUAACUUCCUGAUUGGCAAUGCAAAACCGUUUAAUUAUAUUAUAAAAAAUUACUUCCCGGAUAACACGAUUUUAAUCAUUUCUCACGACACGCACGCGUUAUCCUGUUGUGAUUUUAUUUAUGUGUUAAGGAGGGGGGAGGUGGCCCACCGUUGCAGCUGCAAAGAUGUGAAGACGCAGUCCGAAUUGGCACAGUUACUCGAAAGGGACGGCUAA